CGAAAAUAAAACUUUUAGCUGUCUCUCUUUUGGCGUCUUUCUCUCUCUUCCCGAAACACUCCCCUCAGAACUACUCCACACUCACUCACACACCCCCCUCUCUCUCUCUCUCAUCUCUCUCUCUCUCUCUCUCUCUCUCUCUUCUGAGCAAACCCUUCAAGAUUCCCAACUUCCACUACACUCCCCAUUUCCAAAAACCCCACCCACAGAUCCGAUCCAUACUCAUCUAUCUUCACUGCUUCCCAUCUCCAGCUAUGCAAUUGCACUAAAAGAAAUGGCAAGCUCCGACCCCCCAAAGCGUCCCCGACCCGGCCCAUGGCCUCCGGCGCCGGAAUCAACUGCAAUGCCGCCCUCAUCAUGGGCCAAGCGAACCGGCUUCCGGCCCAAAUUCUCCGGCGAGGCCAACGCACCCGAUUCGGGCCAAAUUGCACCCCAGCCCAAGCCCAGGGACCCCGACUCUAACCUCGACCUCGAAUCCGGCCUCGCUCCGCCAGCCGCGGCGGCUAACGGCGGUCCGGAGAAAGUAAAGACUCCGCCGCCACCGCCGCCGCCCAGCCGGAAGCCGGCGGAGGAGGGUCAGGCGGUGAAGAAGAGGAGGGAGUCGAACGGCGGAGGAGGAGGAGGAGGAGGGCGGAAGAGCUCCGAGGCUCCGACGGCGAAUGGGCAGGUUACCGGGGCGGAGGCGCCGCCGCGGAGACCGGUGAGGAAUGACGUGGACGGAUUGGCCCAAAUUGUGGAUGAUGACGGGUUUGGGUCACGUCAUUCGCAUAUGAAGUAUGAGCUUAGAGAUAAACCUGGUCUUGUUCCAAUUGGUCUAUAUGGAUUCCAACACUAUCUUUCAAUGUUGGGGUCGUUGGUUCUUAUCCCGCUUGUCAUUGUUCCGGCAAUGGGUGGCAAUGUGGAAGAUACUUCUAAUGUGGUAUCAACCGUACUCUUUGUGUCGGGGAUCACUACACUGCUGCAUACGUGGUUUGGUUCAAGGUUGCCCCUGAUUCAGGGUCCGUCGUUUGUUUAUCUUGCUCCAGCGCUUGUGAUAAUUAACUCCCCCGAGUUUCUAGGACUGAAUGGGAACAAUUUCAAGCAUAUUAUGAAGGAGUUGCAGGGGGCUAUAAUAAUUUCUUCAGCUUUUCAAGCAUUUCUUGGGUAUAGUGGACUGAUGACUCUAAUAUUGAGGUUGAUCAAUCCAGUAGUUGUGGCCCCAACUAUUGCUGCUGUUGGACUUUCUUUCUACAGUUAUGGUUUCCCUCAAGUCGGUACAUGCCUUGAGAUUGGUGCAGUUCAGAUAUUACUCGUUAUUAUUUUUUCACUUUACCUUCGGAAGAUAUCUGUUUUUGGUCAUCGUGUCUUUCUUAUAUAUGCGGUUCCGUUAGGCCUUACAAUUACGUGGGCUGUUGCUUUUCUGCUGACUGAAGCUGGAGCUUACAGUUACAAGGGUUGUGAUCCGAAUGUACCUGCAUCAAAUAUAAUAUCUGACCACUGCAGGAAGCAUAUAUCUAGGAUGAAGAACUGUCGAAUUGAUACGUCUCAGGCGUUAAAAUCUUCCCCAUGGUUUAGGUUUCCUUACCCAUUACAAUGGGGUACACCUGUCUUUCAAUGGAAAAUGGCUCUUGUUAUGUGUGCAGUGUCCUUAAUAUCGUCGGUAGAUUCAGUUGGCUCAUAUCAUGCAUCAUCCCUGUUGGUGGCAUCCAGACCUCCAACGCCAGGUAUUGUAAGUAGAGGAAUUGGUCUUGAAGGUCUUUCUGGUGUCUUGGCUGGUCUUUGGGGAACAGGAACUAGCUCCACAACUCUCACAGAAAAUGUGCACACUAUUGCUGUGACAAAAAUGGGGAGUCGAAGAGCAGUUGAGUUGGGUGCAUGUGUUUUGAUCAUCUUAUCACUUGUUGGUAAAGUUGGAGGGUUUAUUGCUUCAAUCCCAGGAGUCAUCGUUGCAGCUUUACUGUGCUUUAUGUGGGCAAUGCUUACAGCAUUGGGCUUGUCAAAUCUACGUUAUAGUGAGGCAGGAAGCUCUAGGAAUAUUAUCAUUGUUGGAUUGUCGUUGUUUUUCUCCCUCUCAAUACCAGCAUACUUUCAGCAGUAUGGCAUCUCUCCAAGUACCAAUGUGUCCGUCCCCAGUUAUUUUCAGCCGUACGCUGUGGCUUCUCAUGGUCCUUUCCGCACGAAAUAUGGAGGGCUAAACUAUGUAAUGAACACAUUGCUUUCGCUAAACAUGGUGGUUGCGUUCCUAAUAGCAGUAAUCCUGGAUAACACAGUACCGGGUACCCGGCAGGAACGCGGUGUGUAUGUUUGGUCUGAACCGGAGGCUGCAAGAAGGGAGCCCGCUGUUGCCAAAGACUACGAGCUGCCCUUCAGAGUUGGGCGGCUUUUCAGAUGGGUGAAAUGGGUUGGACUCUGAGACAUGAAAGUUUUUCUGAUUCUGUUAGCUAUGACCAGAUUUUCGAGCUCGUCCAUAAUAGUUGUUUCUGGUAGUAAAAAAAAAUACGCCGUAUGAGAGAUUUGUGUUGGUUUGUGAUUCAAAAUUAGCUUAGCUCAUAUAGUAGAAUGGAGUUCUGUAAACGUUUUUUCCUCACUCUCUCUUGUUUUUGCUUCUUACACGGUAGGAAUUCUUGGCAAUGUAGAUCAUACAGAGAAGUUAUUUGUGUACAUUGGGGACUAUGAUGGGGGGAUCUGCUCUGUGUUGCACUCUUAAAUUGUAAACCUUGUAUGUAUUUUGAGUCAUUGAGAUUUGUACCA